CGGCUAGUCGAAUCAAAUAGUCGAAGUGUAUUGCGUACGGCAUGAAACAAGUCAGUGGCCACAUCAGGUUGGCGUGUUUUGAAUAAAUUCAUUCAGCGAGCGUGUGAAAAAUAUAUAAAAUGUGGAAAUUCGAAAAGAAAAUGAUAGCAGAAGAUUGAAUUUGCGAUAACAAUGAUAACUAGAGAAUUGCAGAUAAUCAGGUUGGUGGAGCUACCGUCCAGUAGAUGUCAGGCCGUGUAAGAAUAUGGUUAUGGAAUAAACGUCAAAUCAUAAUUUAUUCUGCGUUUUGCGUCUUGGUAGUGUGUGGUGUGUGGUUUUCUUCAGCUUCAGCUGUUUGUUUGGGGAGACUCGUGGAGCGUGUGACUCGAAGUUGGUGAAGAAACAAUGAAUUCGGCCUAAACUGUUGUGUGUUGAAAAAUUAUUAACUUCGGACAUGAGCUUGUGAUGUGUUUGUUAUUUAGUGUUGUAUAAUGCACUCUUUAUUAAUCACUGGACGAUUGUUAUCCCGAGCACUUUGGAAUGGAAUCACUAAUGUUUCCACUGCAACAGACCCUAGUAGACAGAGAAAAACGGAACCACAAUUAGUUUCUGCUGUUUGUGGUUUUUCAAAGAGGAGAAAGAUCCAAAGACUGAUAAAAGGGCAAUUCGGCGACGAUGCCUGGUUCACAGCAAAGUACAAAACAGCGGAUGUUUUGGGUGUGGCAGAUGGUGUGGGAGGGUGGAGGGCUUACGGGAUCGACCCUGGUGAAUUUUCACUUCAGUUGAUGAAAAUUUGCGAGCGAUUAGUUAAAUUAGGUCAUUUCACCCCCACGAACCCAUCAGAACUUUUAGCGAGAAGUUACUAUGAACUGUUACAUCAUAAGAAGUCUAUCUUAG